UCACAAAUAGACGACGCGGGUGGAAGAGAAGAAGGAAACCGAGAAGAUCACGCGCGUGCGGAAGGCCUGAAUUAAUGGAUCUGUUACAAUUCUUUCCCCUUUUGGGGAAGGGAUAAGUCGAUCUUUUACCAGGGAAAGUAUUGUUUCUUACUAAAAACAUCACGAAUAAUCAGGCGGUCUGUUACAUGGAAAUAAUUUUUUCCCUUUUACUAGAAUUAUCAGUCGAUCUGUUACAACUUACAAGGAAAGAACGAUCUUGCCUAAAAAUCACAAUUCUUUCCUAAACAUCACACAUCGGGGGCCCCACAGCGAAAAACCUUCAUAGCUCCUCGACGGCGGCGACUGAACGCGUGCUGAUCUAGAGGCGACGCCAGAUUCGACUGUUGCCUCUGGGUUUGGCCCUUGGCGGAGGUCUUAACAAUGUUGUCGCGGGCAUUUGGUGGUUACAAGAGCAGUUUCUCGGCAGAUCUCUCCGUGCAGGCCUUACGCCGCGCGUUUGAUACCCUUUUGCAGUUCGAUGGGAAUCUAUCGGUCCACGAACCAGGGGCGCUUCGCCGCUCCUCCCACCUGCUACAUCAGGCUCACCAGCUACAAGGUCAGCCUGUCUCACCUGAUGGUUUCUCCCAAGAUCAUAGCAGGUAAAUUUUAUUUGUCACACUUCUUCAUGUGUCGCAGCAAUAGCUUUACUUGUCAGGCCUAUGAGGGAUUCGGAAUCCUCUCCGAUUAGAUUAUUGAUUAUUGAGGCAAUGUUUUCGAGGGGCUUCACAAGUAAUAAUUUUCUGACAUUUUUUUCACAAACAGUGUUUUCCUGACAGAUAUAAGCCUUUCUAGGGAUUUCAAUACUGACUACCAUGUGUAGUCUGUAUUGAAAUUCUCUAGAAAGUCUUGUAUUUAGAAAUGGAGGUAGUAGUGCCGAAUACAAGUUUAUCCAUUAUUAAAUAUAUUUUUCGUAUAUAAUUCAACGGAAGCAGUUUUGUAAGUCUUAACUUGGGCCUAAUUUGCGGAUUAUAAAUCCGUAGUCAAUUGUGAAAAUGGUAAAUUGUUGUACGGCUAAGAUUGUACAAUAGGGUUUUUGUAGGGAGCAUUCAAUUAUGCUGCACCUGCUGUUUACACAAUUAUGCACUACUCCCUCUCUUCCCAUGAAGAGAGCAUGUAUUUCCUUCUAUUUUCUACUUAUUUUUUAUUGGCGUCCAUGGAUUGAUCACCAGAUGAAACAUGGUUAGAGCUCUUAUAUGUCUUGAAUUUAUACUAAAUUUAAUUAAUCUAAAUCUCGUAACAUUUUGCGGUAUGUUUGGUUUGUGCUAAAGGUUGCCAUGACAACGAAGUUGGCUAGCAAUUAUUUUUGAGGUUUUGCUUGCCAAUAGAUUGGUGAACAUUUGCUUGAUAAAACAGACUAGAGUUGGUAGUGGAGUUUUAUCCAAGCAAAAGCCAAUGUUGUACUCACAAUCAAAAUUAAGCUAGGGUUCACUUUGGUCGCAAUCCGAACACAUCCUUCUUUCCAACUUUUCAGUUAAUAUCUCCAUUUCCCACUAAUCAUGAAUUGCAUGCACAAUCAACACCCACAACUCACCAGCUAAUUUAUCAAUCGUUGGUCAGUCAAACUAAUCACAAGUCUUAACUUGCCUAAUCGAUCAUCUAAUAAUACACAGGUAGCUGGGUUACUAAAUUGUAUUGUCUCAAUCAUAGUAAAUCCGUUGUCAAACCAUAUACUGUUGUCAAAUCAUAUACUGUUGAGAUGAAACUGUAUGGAUGCUGAGAUCGUAACACAGGUUUUUAUAUUCAGUUUUGCUAAAUCACAUCUAGAUGUGCCCUUAGUAUUGCACAUCUAGAUUUUACGCGGAGAUUCGUGCAAACAUUUUCUUUUGUCCUUUUUCUUUUCCUAGUUUGAUUGAUCCACUUAGAUGUGCAAUAACUAGGACACAUCUAGAUGUGCCCGAAAGGCCCUUUUAUAUUUUAGUGUAUAUUAGAGAAUCACAUAUAUUAGCUAAAAGCAAUCUAGUGCCACACCUUUUGUUUUCACAUUUUUUAUCCAUUAUUGAUAUAUUAUUUAUUUGUAAUUGGUCACUAUGACUCAUAAUGAGGUUGAUUGAUCAUCUAAUAAUACUAGAUAUUCACAAGAAUGAAUGAGUGGUUAAUAUAAGCAUUUACCUGAGAAAACAAGGAGGGAAGUAAUUACAAUCUUAUACGUUUUCUGUUGCCCUAUAUCUGUUGAAUACAGGGUGGCUCCUUCAGCAUGUAUGUUCAAACCAUACAGUACUGUUUGUGGGAGCUUUGAUCAAAGGUUGGCCACACUUCGUAGUGUUGGGGAGCAUGCUAGUGACGAUGAGCUGAGGCUCCUCUUGAAGGAGAAAACCGCCCCCAUUUGCUAUGUCUGGGAAUUUCAAUGACAAUUAAUGAUAAUAAGUUGGUUAAAGCUGGAUGCGAAGUUAAAAUGUUGAUGGCAGAUUGGUUUGCUCUAAUGGACCCUAAGAUUGGUGGUAACAUAUGCAAAGUGCAGACUAUUGGCAGGUACAAUAUUGAGAUGCUGAGAGCAUCUGGCAUGAACCUCGAUGGGGUGGAGUUUGUGCAGUUGUCAGAUUUAAUAAGCUGCCAUGCAGAAGAGUACUGGCCAGUUGCCAUGGAUAUUGCAAAAAAUAGCAAUCUUAGUGAAAUUAAAAGAUGUUUCAGUAUUCAUGCAUCAGAAGAUGCAAGUGAUCUUGGGAGUACAAAUCCAUUUAUGAUGAGAAAAUUUACUCCUGCUGACACAUUGUAUCCUUGCUUGCAGAGUGCAGUUCUACUACUUCCAGAGGUGGACAUAUGGAUGUUGGGCAUGGAUCAGCGUGGGGCCAACAUGUUAGCUAGAGAAUACUGCGACCUCAUGCAGUUGGAAAAUGAGCAAAUUGCUUUGUUUCAAAAUAUGCCACCUGCUUUUCUGCAAGACCCAGAAUGGGAGCAGUGGGGGAACCUGAAAUGGCCAAUCUUCAUGGAAGAUGAUGAGGAACAUGUCAGUAGAAAAAUAGAGAACUCUUUCUGCCCUCCAAAAUUUGCAGAAGACAACCCAUGUUUGGAGUACAUAAAGUAUAUAAUCUUACCUUGGUUUAGAAAAUUUGAGGUUGCUCGGAUGGAUGAUAAUAGUUGCAGCAAAAUCUUCUUGAGCAUGGAGGAGAUUAUUGCUGAUUAUCAAAGUGGCGCUCUGCAUCCUGCUGAUUUGAAGGUGGCUCUUAUCAAGGCCACUAACUUGAUUUUGCAGCCUGUCCGUGACCACUUCAGAAGCAGUGCUGAAGCAAAAGAAAUAGCAAAAGCUAUGGAGGAGAUAGCACCCUCUAUCACCGCCUGUGACCAAGUGCCCCUAAACAAUUUUUGAAGCAGUGUUCCGUUGAUUAUAGAGUUCUGGGUGAACGGACUUGUAGGGGCUUGUUUGCUUUUCUGCCUGUGACCAAUUACUUAUUAUUACUA